AUGCUGCGGCCUCUGUUGUUGAAUUACAAUUUUUCAGUAUUUUAUUGCUGGUAUGGUUUAUUUUGUUGGCAUAAUUCCAUCGUAAACAUUAUAUUUCCAGGUGAUGAGAAUGAGAGCUGCUCUGACGAGAGCAUCAUCGCUGGCCCGUCGCACCUACGUGACGUCACCAUAGCUGAAAGAGCGGGCGAGGGCGCUCCGCUGUCAGGAGAGGCCGUGUUAGCGGAGAAUGCUCAAGAA